UAUUACAGUAUUAUCAUUGGAUUGACUGUUAUAUCACAUUAUAAUUGAUAACAAAAUUUGUUUGAUUUUUAAUAAAUGAAUGAAUGACUGACUAUUUGAACGAUUGGUUCAAAUCAUUGAAUCAAUUAUUAGUUUUUGUGUUUACAUUACAACCAAAGCUCUUCAAAAAAAAGUGUUCAAAGACUGACUGACUGUUUGUGUCAUCACAUCAUUGGUUGGACUCAUUUGUGAACAGCUCUUCACAUAGUUGUAGCUCAAAGAAGAUCACUUAAGGCAACAGAAAAAAGAAGAAUUAGAAGGAAAAGACAGAUAACUAAAUCCGUUGACUGAAAACUCACAAGUUUUAGAAAACAUCAGUCAAAAUGUUGGAUCAGUUGCACAAAUCCAAGACAUUGCGCGUCCUGUUUAUGCUUUCAUUCUUCAUCAGCGGUCUUAUCAUUAAUUUUGUUCAGUUUUCUCUCUACAUAACUGUCAGAUAUUUUGAUCGCAAACUCUACCGUCGGCUUAACUAUUAUCUCGUGUACACUAUGUCUUCGCAAAUUGUGGCCAUAAGCGAGUGGUGGUCCGGUUCGAGGCUUCGCAUGUUUUUUGCCGACGAAGACAGUCUACGAUCACACGGAAAACAUCACGUGCUGUAUGUGAUGAACCAUCGCUACGAACUCGACUGGUUGUACGCGUGGAUGGUUUUGGACAAGUUUGAGAUACUCGGAAACGCUAAAUCUUUUGCAAAGAAGUCUCUUCGAUGGCUUCCCAUUAUUGGCUGGAAUUGGGUUUUGGAUGAGUUUAUAUUUCUUGACAGAGACUGGAAAAAAGAUCAACAAAAUUUGCCCAAAGCAUUGGAUCAGCUGAUGGCAUACGAGUCGCCAAUAUCACUAUUAUUGUUCUCCGAGGGCACCCGUUUCACUGAAUCCAAAUACGAGGCCAGUCUUGAGUUUGCUAAACAGCGAGGUUUACCGCAACUCAAGUAUCAUCUGUUACCGCGAACUAAAGGCUUUGCCUUUUGUAUUCGUCACAUCAAAAAACACUAUCCCGAUACUGUUAUAUAUGACAUUCAAUUGCGAUUUAGCGAUAAUGCCAAACAUUUGCCUACAUUUACAUCAAUAGUCAAAGGAAAGCAAUUGGUUGGAGAUUUUUACUUAAGGAAAGUACCGAUAAGUCAAGUGCCCACUGACUCGGAAGAUGAUAUCUCAAACUUUUUGUAUGAUUUCUAUCAAAAGAAGGAUAAUCUAAUGGAUUAUCACAAAGAAAAUGAUAAAUUUCCCGGAAUUCUAGUCGAUAAACCCCGAAGAAUAGUUCCACUCAUCAAUUGGAUGUCUUGGUUUGCCGUCGUUAUGAUCUCUUUGACAUAUAUUUUGUUUAACGUAUUUACGUCUGGAAAUCUAUAUCUAAUUAUUACAACAACUGUUAUUUUUGCAAUCGCAUUGGGAUCUGUUUAUGUGAUGAUUGGAUCGACAAAGAUUCAAAAGGGGUCGAAAUAUGGCAAUAAAGUUAAGUCCGGUGACGACAACCAUAAAGAUGUCGAUUCAAAGAAUUCAACUCAAAAUAAUAAUUUUGUCGAUAACUCGAGUUUAAGACAAAGAUUGAAUACCUCUGGCGAUGACUCAAAAAAUUGAUUCAAAAAAUAUUAAUUUAUAUUAUUGUUU